ACCAUCGCGGAUCAUCCUUCAACAUGUCGGACCUCCACCCUGCGUGCAAGGCAUUCCAAGAGCAUGUUCUGGAGGACGCGUCCACAGUGCUACCGGCGCACCUAAAACAGAAAGCUCUCGCUGUGUACCGUAAACACUCGAACGACGUCCUCCACGCGACGGCAUUGCUUCUGGCGGACGACGACGACGUCGUGGCUAACGCGAUUGCCGUGUACUUUCGUCCGUUCAUUCUCGAGCUAUGCGCCCACUUGCUCCAGACGAAACUAAAGGACGCGCACGAGGUACUAACGUAUGCGUUUUCGCGUGCCAUGCACACCACCACGCGCGUCUGGCCACUUGUAAAGCCCUAUCUGGAAUCGGCGCCGAGCUUCUUCUUCCAACUGUCGUCGAUGUCCACGCUUCGCCAACGCCGUGCCGCCACGACCGCCAAGUUACUCUUGCAGGUCAAACCAAUCGAAUGCAAAUCGCUGUGGAACUGGACACCAUUCUUUGCCUUGUGCACUUCCACUGAUGCCACGACCCAGGCGAAUGCGAAAAUCGCCGUCAGCAUCUUGCUUCACAUGGACAACCCCACGCGCAAUACCUUUCUCGCGCCGCAGACGGACUCGACCACCACGAAUCACGAUUCCUCUGCUGCCGCUUCGCCGAACCAAAUCACCCUGCCUGCCUCAUGGACACACGUUAUGUCGGUCGCAAAUGACCUGCCGCCCUCCCUUUGCAACGUCUGUGGGAUUGUCGUGCCGUACAAGGCAACCUCUGUGUCCGGACCAACGUACCCCCCAUUGAUCGAAACGACAUCGACGACUCAUGCGCUGAGGUCGUUGGCGAUUGCGCUAAGUGUUGAGCGCGCCAUCCUUGUAACAGGAACAGACGGGUGUGGGAAAACAGCGAUCAUUCGUGAUUUGGCGCGUCGCACGGGCCGGACGAAUUUGGUCGAACUGCAUUUGGACGAUCAAAUGGACAGUAAGACGCUCGUCGGGUCGUACGUGUGCACAGAUAUUCCUGGCGAGUUUAGCUGGCAACCUGGUGCACUCACCCGGGCCGUCACAGAAGGCCGUUGGGUUGUGAUUGAAGAUAUUGACCGAGCGUCGAUGGAUGUGUUGGCGGCAUUGCUCCCGCUACUGACCACAAAUACACUCAUGGUUCGCGGUCAAACGAUCACGGCCGCUCCUGGCUUUCAAUUGCUUUCCACAAGCCGGAAGUCCAUGGCCGCCAUGCCCAAAGGGUUUCCGACCUCAUUGUGGCAUCACAUUCACCUCUCGCCUCUAUCCAUGGACGAAAUACAGCUUGUGCUCGUCCAGGGAUACCCGCAGUUGUCCCAGGCCGUCGUGACCCAUAUGCUGGACACGUUUCGCGUGGUCAGUCAAGAGUCGUCGCGUGCCAUUCGCCAGAGCUACGGUCGACAAUUCUCUCUGCGCGACAUGCUCAAAUGGUGCCGCCGCUUGCAAACCUUCAUUGGCGCCAUCGACGCCAAUCACUUUUUGACCCAAGAACGCCGCGAAGCGAUUGUCCGAGAAGCGUGGGACGUAUUCUGCAUGGGAAUUCGGGAUCCCGUCCAACGCGUGGAAGCGGCGAUGGCGGUCGGAACGUUGUGGCAGGUGCCAACCGAGGUUGUCGAACAGCAGCUUGUCAACCAUCGCCCUGCGUUCACCUCCCACCACAACGAAGUACAAGUUGGCCGCGUACACUUGUCGACCAUGUUUACUCACCAAACGACUACACGUGGUCACCAAAUUCCGUUUGUCCUUACAGGACAUAGUCUUCGCCUGAUGGAGCAACUGGCUGCUACAGUGUCGACUCAUGAACCGACACUGCUAGUUGGUGAAACAGGGUGCGGCAAGACGACGUUAAUUCAGUACUUGGCGUCUGCCCUCGGCCAGACGUUGGUCGUCCAGAACCUGAACGUUCAGAGUGACUCGGCCGAUCUCCUCGGUGGGUACAAGCCUGUGGACAUGUAUCAGUUGGCGCGACCACUCUACAUGGAUUUUGUCGCGUUGUUUGGAGCAACGUUUCCGUCGUCGUCGAACGCUGCGUUUUUACAAGUGAUUCAGAAAGCGUUCGAAGCGAAAUCGUUCAAGAAGAUGAGCCAAGGCAUGCUCAAGGCUGUGAAAAUGGCCGAGGCAACGACCAAGAAGCAGAAAACGACGAGCUCGACGUCGGUGGCGUCGCAGUGGACGGCCUUUCAAAGCGACCUGAGUCGCUUCAUCCGCCAACACCAGCAAGUCGAGUCUAGCUUUGCCUUUGCGUUUGUUGAAGGGCAACUUGUUCAAGCCAUGAAAGCCGGUCACUGGAUCUUGCUCGACGAAAUCAACUUGGCGUCCGCGGAUACGUUGGAACGAUUGUCGAGCGUCCUCGAAGGCGAACACAGCGGCCUCUCGCUCACGGAAAAAGGCGACGUGGACCUGCUGAAACCCCACCCGAACUUUCGCGUGUUCGCUGCGAUGAACCCGCCCACGGACGUCGGCAAGAAAGACUUGCCUCCGUCGUUGCGUAACCGGUUCACCCAAAUCUACGUCGACGAAUGUGUGUGUCCUCGAGACUUGACAUUGCUGGUCAACCACCAGUGGAAGGAGAUUGCGAAUGCGCCGGUCGCGGAUACCGUCGAGUUUUACCUUCAAGCACGGCAGAUGGCAGUGGACGUCUUGAAUGACGGCGCGAGACAGCGGCCAAGGUACAGCUUGCGAACGUUGUCUCGGUCGCUUUUGAUGACCAAGACGAUGCUCCAAAAGGGCUACAGCAUCCAGCGGGCAUUGUAUGAAAGCUUUUCGAUGGGGUUUGCGACCCAGUUGGACGCGUCGUCACGGGUGAUAAUGACCAAGAGCAUUCGCAAGGCGUAUGCUCCAAACCUCAAGCAAAAAGAACUGGACCACCCGCCACCGAAACCACGCAAGUCGGACGAAGUGUACGAAUUGAUCAGCUCGUAUUGGGUUCCCCAAGGGACGCUGGAGCCUGUCGAUCAAGCCCACGCUGAUCCAGUAACAAACCUGAAGAAAUUUGUCUUGACACCGUCGGUGGAGCUCAACUUGCGCCACAUCGCGCGAUCUGUCGUCAUUGGAAAAUACCCAUUGUUGUUGCAAGGACCGACAUCAGCGGGGAAGACGUCGUUGAUUCUUUACGUCGCUGCUCGACUGGGCCAAAAGUGCGUUCGCAUUAAUAACCACGAGCACACAGACAUCCAAGAGUACCUUGGGUCGUACGUGUCGGACAAGGACGGCAAGCUCACGUUUCAAGAAGGUGUCCUGGUGCAGGCGGUCCGCUUGGGUUGGUGGAUCAUCCUAGACGAACUCAACUUGGCGCCGUCCGAGGUCUUGGAAGCGUUGAAUCGACUUCUCGACGACAACCGAGAGCUAUUUAUUCCAGAAACUCAAACCACGAUUCAACCGCAUCCUCGCUUCAUGCUGUUUGCGACGCAAAAUCCUCCGGGCCUCUACGGCGGUCGUAAGGUGCUCAGUCGAGCAUUUCGCAAUCGAUUCAUCGAAUUGCAAGUCGACGAGGUGCCGCCCAAGGAACUCCAGCAAAUCUUGCAAGAACGGAGUGCAUUGCCGCCCAGUUUUUGCUCGCUGCUUAUCACAAUCAUGUUGGACCUGCAACGGAUUCGCGCUCAAAGCAGUGUCUUUGCAGGCAAAGCGGGGUUCAUCACGACCCGCGAUUUGCUCCGAUGGGCGCAGCGCCAGCCCACGACCAAGCAACAGGUGGCAGAGGAAGGGUAUUUUUUGUUGGCAGAACGUCUGCGCAAGGACGAAGACAAACUUGUCGUUCAGCAAGUGCUCGAAAAGCACUGUGGCGCGUCGAUUGACCUUGAAGCCCUAUACAACGGUCAGCCCGACUCGACUCGAAUCAUUGGUCAGGACGAACCAAACAUGGUGUGGGGCACGCCAGAACAGUUUGCUCAAGUCCAAGACAAACUAGCCUCGUCGGAUGGCAAAGGAAACAGCAGCGGGUUGUCGUCGAUUUCCAUCACUGCAUCGCUCCGUCGACUCUUUGCCUUGGUCGGCCGAUGCUUGCAACACCAGGAGCCUGUCCUGUUGGUGGGCGACACCGGGGCUGGAAAGACCACGGUGUGCCAGCUCUACUCGCUGUUGUUUGACCAGUCGCUACACAUUCUCAAUUGCCAUCAGCACACUGAAACAGCGGAUUUCCUUGGAAGUUUGCGCCCCGUCCGAGGGAAAGACGCCGUGUUGAGUCAGUUGCGAUCGUUGCUGCAGCAGUUCACGACCAUUGCGACGUCGUUCGACAUGGACACGAGUCCGUUGAAUGCGGUCGACCCGUCCAACGUAAUGCAAUUGUUUCCUGUCCUGGAUCCGUUGCUGGCCAAGGCCAAAGCAAUUGACGAUUCGACGCUGCACGGCGUUGUACAGUCCCUAUCACAGCUCAAGCAGCGUGCGGUCGCGUUGUUCGAGUGGGUGGAUGGACCACUUGUGACGUCGAUGAAAGCAGGCGACUUGUUUUUGGUAGAUGAAAUCAACUUGGCGGACGAUGCAGUGCUCGAACGCCUCAACAGUGUUCUUGAACCUGCACGCGGACUGGUCUUGGCUGAAAAGGGCGACGACGCCGAGCACAUCACAGCCGAUCCCAAGUGGAGAAUCCUGGCGACCAUGAAUCCUGGAGGGGACUUUGGGAAGCGAGAGUUGUCGCCUGCGUUACGCAACCGAUUCACGGAAAUUUGGGUGCCGAGUUUGUCAAGCGUUAGCGACUUGGCCAUCGUUGUCAAGGAUCGAUUGCCCGCAUCGUGCGCGUUCUUGGCCCCGUCUGUCAUGCAGUUUGUCCAAGGAUUCAACAGCCAGUUUUCAAGCCAAGGAUGGAAAGUGACGCUGCGCGACUUGCUGUCGUGGUUGAAUUUCAUGCAAGUGUCGACUCUGCCGCCCGCGAUGGCAUUUGUUCAAGGCGCGGGCUUAUCCAUUCUUGACGGGCUUGGCUUGGGGUCGACGCAAUCGCUUCAUGCCGCAACAACUGCACGAACUGCUGCGUAUGGCUUGCUCUUGGCAGCGCUGCCACCUCCAGUCCCAGACGUGUUGCCAUCCAUGACGUGGGAAUCCAACGACACUGUUUGUGGAGUGUCGCCGUUUUUCAUUCCCCGAGGCCCGCAAGCACCAGUCCCGCUGCCGUUUUCGCUUGCUGCACCGACAACGAUGACGAAUCUCCAGCGUGUGUUGCGAGCCCUGCAAGUGCCCCGACCGAUUUUGUUGGAAGGGUCUCCAGGUGUCGGGAAGACUAGUCUCAUCCACGCUCUGGCGCAGUUGAGCGGGCAAACGUUGGUUCGCAUCAACUUGUCCGAGCAAACGGACGUCGCCGACUUGUUUGGGUCCGACUUGCCUUCGACAGAUCCCGAUGCCACGAGUCCAUUCACGUGGUGCGAUGGUGUGUUUUUGCGUGCGCUCAAAGCCGGCCAGUGGGUGCUCUUGGAUGAGCUCAACUUGGCGUCGCAGAGUGUGCUGGAAGGUCUCAAUGCGUGCCUCGAUCAUCGUGGCACAGUCUACAUUCCCGAAAUCGACAAGAGCUUCCAUUGUCCGUCGACAUUUCGAGUGUUUGCCGCCCAAAAUCCAUUGCGACAAGGUGGGGGACGCAAGGGUCUGCCCAAAUCGUUCUUGAACCGAUUCACUCGUGUCGUGGUCGACUCGUUGGGCAACAAAGAUCUGAACAUCAUUGCCACGGCGUUGUACCCUUCGAUUGCUCCGUCGACGAUUCAAAAGAUGAUCGAGUUCAACGCGUUGGUGCAUCAAGACACGAUGGUCAGUGGGACGUACGGUCGACAGGGUGCGCCGUGGGAAUUCAACUUGCGCGAUGUGUUCCGAUGGUGUACGCUUGCGUCUACGUUGACCACGCCCGCUGUGACUUGGUACAUUCCCAUGCUGUACAAGUCGCGAUUCCGCACCGUCCAAGAUCGAUUGUGCCUGGAACGGCGAUGGCGCGAGGUCUUCGGAGAGGCUGACCAUUCGACUUCCGAUGACGUCCCGCCGCCAGUAUUUUAUGUGACACCUGACAGUUUGCAAAUUGGUGUGGCCGUCUUGCCACGUGCAUCGUACAGUGACUUGUCGAGCUUACCACCAUUGCUGACACAGUGGCUGGAACCCAUGGAGGCGCUCAUGCACUGUGUUCGUCUGCAGUGGCCAGCCCUCCUCGUUGGUCCCAGUGGCAGUGGAAAGUCGGCGAUUGUCAAGUUGCUUGCGUCCUUGACAGGUCAUCGCUUGCACGAACUAGGCUUGAGUUCUGGCACGGACGCCACGGAGCUACUCGGGUGUUUUGAGCAAGUCGAUGUCCAGCGGCGAGUCCAACAAGUGCAAAACGAACUCAGCCACGCGGUCCAAUCAUUGCAACAGCAAUGCUUACUGAAGAAUGACUUUGCGUCAGUGACCAAGCUCGCCGACGCAGAAUAUGCGGUGUGCGAACGCCAACGCAACUGGAAGGGGCACCAAUCCGAAUUGGACCCAUUGAUGCUUACACUGCUCCAGCAAUUGAUGGGCUAUGCUGUCCAAGUGGCAGAGGCCAUGUCUGCGACCAUUCCAAGCCUUCCAGGCAUCGAAGAAAAGUUGGACAGCAUCAAGCUGCUGGCAUCGACGGCUGGUCGGUCUAGCUGCUUUGAAUGGGUUGACGGCACUUUGCUUCAAGCGUUGGAAGCGGGGGAAUGGCUCUUGCUCGACAACGUUAACUUUUGCAGUGCGUCCGUGCUGGAUCGAUUGAACUCGUUGUUGGAAAUCAAUGGUGAGCUACUCGUGAACGAAUGCGGCGUUGUCAACGGCACGCUCCGUGUCGUCAAGCCGCACCCCGACUUUCGCAUCUUCUUAGCCAUGGACGCCCAGUUUGGCGAAGUCAGCCGCGCCAUGCGCAACCGGUGCAUUGAAGUCGCGCUCCUUCCACCUAACGUGAUUUCGACCAAGUCGAAUCUCGACUUGUUGUCGCUCAUGCACUCCGCGUCGUCGGUGCAGUUUCCGCUGAGCAUUUACAGUCAAUUCCAAUGCUUCCACGCAGACAUGAUGCAACAAGACCGCACCAUGUCCUGGCGCCACGCGUACAACUGGAGCCAGCUCACGCAAGCCUACAUGGAUCACGGAUAUACCAUGCACCAAGCAUGCCAGCAGGCGAUGUUGGAUAUAUAUGGCAUUUCGAUCGACCUCGUGUGGCCGGCGGAGCCACAUUAUGCCCCUCCUGCGUUGUCCACGGAGCUGUUUGUUCGUGAUUCGUGCCGCGGUAUGACGCACAUGCAGUCCCGAUUGGCGCUCUUCCUCGAAACACCUGGCGUGACGAAUUUUGCCGUACUCAACGUUGUGGAGCUGCUGUGUGGUGCGGCGGAGGCGCAAUGGCCCAAGUCUCUACUUCUUAAUAACCAAGAAUCUUGGACCGAAUGCGCCAAGUUCCAACGAACCGACGACCUGGCGACGACCCUGUUGCCUUGGGCGAUUUAUCGAAGUGGUCAACACAACGGUUUUGCCUCUCCCAUCGCCAAGCAUGCUUUUGCGACAUGGCUGUCCGAUGAACCGUCGUUCCAGAAUACGUGGAACCUCCUCGCUAGUCACAUCAAAGCGUUGAACGCAUCGAUGCCUGGCUUGGACAUCCAUUCGUUGUACGGCAACCGUCCUGCUCGAGAGAUUUUGCGUGCCGAAGUCAGUCAACAUGGCGACGACAACUCCAAAUUGUUGUGGUCCAAGGUCGAAGCGGUGCUCCAAACGCUGGAAAUGGUGGAAUCCACUUGGUGGGAUCGAUACGUCGAGCAGAAGCUGCUUGGCAUCAAGUCGCUGACGGAAUCGAUCCACAAAAAGUCCAAGCGUGAGGUUCAGCAUGCGGCAACAAGCCACUCGGUCCUGAACCAGUCGUACCAAUGCUUCUUGCACGGGGCGGACGCUGUCGAUGUCGACAACGACAUCGUGCCUGUUGUGUAUCCGUUUUUGGCGGCCCUGGACUCUUGUAUUCACGAAUAUGUUCAGCGAACUCUCCAUACACAUUUGACACACCAUCAAGUCAGUGCCGUUCAAAGCGUCAUGCACUUGCGCUUUUCCUGGAGUUCCGUUCUCACGACGGAGGAAGCGUCGACGGCGUUUCCGUGGCACUUGUUCCUGGUAGGGUGGAAGUGGCUCAUCAAGGCAUGGCAAGCGUUUGGCCAGCUGUGUCUUCACGACCAAGACCUGUCAACGUCGGUCGUCCAGGUCCACGACAUGGUCGAGCGCAUGGAAUAUGCGAUAGCGACUUGCAUCGGCUGUGCACGUGCGAAGGACACGCUGUGGAAACGGGGUGGUCAUCGGCAGUUGCCUCCAUGUCUGACCACAUGGACUGCGAUUUCGGCUGUGGAAAAGUUGGCCACAGCGUGCGCUGUGGUCCCGUCGACCGUGAACCAGUUGUCGUUGGUUGAUUUGCUAUGCACAAACAACUCCGUGUAUCAAUUUGAGCCGGCUCUGGUGAUGUCCGUUCCGAUGUCGUACGCCCAAGAAGUACUUCAUGCUCUCACGACGUAUGCGUGGUUCAUUGAGACGUCUGGCCAUUCGUUUCAAACACUCAAGCAAUUGCCGGAUGCCCUCUGCAAUCAGCUCGACCAAAUCCAAGCCAAGUACGUUGCCACCCAUUCGCAUUUGCUAGUGCAUUUGCAACCGCAAGAAGACGAUGACGCGACCAACCAAGACGCGACGGUCCUGCUCCUCAGCGACGACGAAAGCCCUGUAAUUGCGUCAUGGAUUCAAAUGCAACUCACGCCGCUUCGGGAGUUCCGCCUCUUGGAACUGGAGCUGCAUAUCGUCAGUACGUUGGCGAAACUGGUCGUUGAGGCCGACGAAGCGUACACGGCAAUGGUGCAGCAUCUCGUGAGCAACCUGGAGUCGUUCUUGACGCUGCAACGACAAGUUAAGUCGCGGUCGGCGGUGACACUAGUGCCCUACCAAGACUUGCUCUGGCGCGCCCACAAGUACGUCGAAGAGGAUGCUGCCAUGGCAUCAACUUGUGACCAUGCUCAGUUCCGCGAUGUCGUCGCCAAACAUAUCAACUCGACCAUGGUGUACUUUCACGAGCGGUUGUGGAACUCGUCUGUGAAUGUGCUCGACCAAGUCUCCUGUCGCGUCUACCACACAGAAUCGGACCCGGUUACGUUGACCCGAGUUGGGGGGCUCGUGCGCCUGUUCCAGGCCGUGGAAACGACUUUAGCCAUGCAAUACUUGGAACCGUGCUCGAGAAUGCCCAUCGUUGACGUCACGGCUAGUACGACAAAGUUGAAGCAAACAGUGGAUCAUUGGUCCACUACCCACCCGACACCGGCGUUGUUCACCUGGAGCGACGACUAUUUGUGGUCGCUCGUACUGUCGACGCUUUACGUGUUUGUCCAACGGCCGCAUUCGGUGUACGAUCUCUUGACAACGUUUCGUCAAUCGAGCGCUGCGUCAGCCGUGCCAAGAAUCCUUCAGCUCCUUCAAGCUGCUUCGGCAGACUCGCGCUUCACGUCGUCUCUCCCUGUGCUGGAGUCGUUCUUGACCUUGUAUCAUGCGUACCAAGAUCAACCACUGCUACGCCAAGGGGUGUCCUGGACAUUGGUAGGUUUGUGGCGAUUUGGCUUGCUGACACCGUCGUCGCCACUGGAUCCAGCCUUGAUUCCGUUGAUUAAGCGCGAGUAUUUGCUGGGGCGCAUGGCCCAGUGGGCUGUGCAACACACCGUGGAUGCGUGCAUGACCGAGUUGAGCCCCCAGGACUAUCCUGUCCGCGACCCUCAGACCUUGUCGGACAAGAUCGACGCGUUGCAACUCAAGGCGAUCGAACGUCCGUGCGGCAAGCAUGUCUUUGGCGAUUUAUUCCAAGACAUUGUUCGGUUUUCAACGUCGGUCUUGACGAACAAGAUCGUGCAUUGGUGUGACCAAGUUGGCGCAGACAGCACCGCCCGAUCCCAGUUGACGCGAGAGAUCAAAAUGUUCCAGCAAACCACCGAUAGCUUUGUCGCGCGGCUGCAAACCAAGUACUCGGACUACCGCGAUGUCGUCGAACCUGUCGUUGCCAGUGUGUACCAUGUUAAGGACGGCCUAUCGUUGGUGGCCCACGCCCUCGACAACAAGACCACGUCCCAGAUUCAAUCCAUUGCGCGCACGUUGCUGUGCAUUCCAAGUCCCGAAUCCCACCAUGCCACAGCAGAAAUUCUGUUAAAACACCAGGACACGUGGAACGAGCACAAUGUGUCGACAGUGCAUCGACUCACGGCUGCGUUGAAUCAAGUCGAGUUGCAUUACCGCAAUCAAUCGUCGCUGCGUCCAGACUCGCACCAUGUCAUGGUCGACACGGCGCCAGCGAUUUUCGGAGAAUUCGUGCAGCUAUGGUCGGAGAACCAGGCCAAGAUCGAACGCGAAAAAGAAGAAGCGGAAGCGCUGUACAAAUUUAAGACGCGCACGUUGGAAAUUGAAAGCGAAGAGCAACUUCUGGAAAAGGAGUACCGACAACAAUUUCCAGAUUUUGCCAAGGCGUUCUCGGAUUUGCUCGGGUCCGACAGAGUGGACGGUCCCGACAACAACGACAGUCCCGAUGCCGUACCAUCCCCUUUGCCAGAUCAUGUUGUUCACUUUGUUGCUACUUGUCACGAACGACUGUUUGUGCACACGUGGGCCAACGGCACGUCGUUGAAGGAAGCCUGGGUGAAGAAGUAUGCGCUGGGGUUCCAUCUGAAAGCUUCGCUCAACACUCUGUUCGAUCCUGACCUCGACACGGCGGCGCGCGGCGGCCAUGUUGUGUACACUCAACACGUCCUGGAUGAACAAGCGGCCUGCGAAUCGAUUCCGUUUUCGCAAUUGAGUGCUGCAUACGUUGCCAACAUUGAUUUCCACCGUGAUCCGCACAUCAAAGAAGUCGUCAUGGUCCGCAAACCGCUGCAGCGCUUGAUGCUCCGUCUUCAGUCGCUCUUGAUUCAGUGGCCGGACAACGCAAUCCUCCAGAAGCUCUUGCUGGUGUCCAACCGGCUUCGUCAAAUGUCCAACCAAGUGCCGCUGGCGCAAAUCUUGGUCGGCGUCGAAUUGCUUUUGAAACAUGCACAGGAAUGGCAAGCUAUCGCGUCCAAAGAUGUGUCGAUUCAAGAAGAAAUGAAUGCUCUCAGUGGCUUGGUUGUCCGAUGGCGCAAAUUGGAACUGUACUCGUGGCCACAACUGAUGGUGAUCAAGGAGCGGUCUUUUCAAUUGGAAGCGCGCAAAGCUUGGUUUCACAUGUAUAGUUUGCUGACGGCGAAACCCGAAUCCGACGCUGUCGGCGAGGUCAACUUGAAUUGGAUGGUUGUCCCGGCUCCGCUCGAAAAAGACUGGUUGGAAUCGUGGCGAUACAAACUGUUCGACACGAUGGAAGGCUUUCUUCGGUCGUGCACAGUCGGGCAAUUCCAAACCCGUCUGGUGCUCGUCUUUGCUUUCUGCAGCCAACUUUUCGCCUCCCACUACGCCGACGCCAACCCCGAAACGUACCGCCUCGCGUGCAUGAUGUACCACUUGUAUCGGUACUAUGCGCAGCACCUGAAAUACAACCUGCACCCGAUGUGGGCGCGUCUCCGUCAGCCGAUUCAGACCAAGCUGAACGAAUUUGUCAAGAUCAGCAAGUGGGAUGAGCAAACGUACUAUUCCUUGGCGCAGUCGGCCGAAAAGAGCCAUCGCACGCUCAUGAAGUUCGUGCGUGACUACGAAGAGAUCUUGGCCAUGCCGAUGCAGGCAUUCUUGGACCGCGUCAUCGACGGCAACAUUACGUCCGAAAAGUACGACGGAAUUCAAGCUCUCCAGUCGACGUGGCUCGAACUCAAAACGCGCCAAGACCCCAUUGAAGAAGACGAUGAGAAUGGAGAGGACGUUGCAGUUCCGAUUUGGCGCGUUGGACCAGUCCCCCCUGUAGACAAGUCGGUGUCCGUCGAAUUGCCAGACGCGCUGACUAAGGUGGCCGAGGCGCUGUCCCUUCGAUGGGUGGUCCAGCUCCCGAGCUUGAGUCGUAAAAUCCACAAGUUUGCGACACACGAGCUCCUCAGCGAGACCACGCUUCGGUCGAACCAGCAAGGACGACAUCUCAGUGAAGAGCUAUCUACGGCGGUAUUGCAACGCAUUGAGAGUUUGAAAUCCGAGACGGCCCCGAAAGGAGCCAAGAAGAAAGCCCUCGUUGACCUGUUGGCGGAACUGAAGAACCAAGGGUGGUCUACUCUCAAGACGAAAACUCCACCCCAACAAGCGCACAUCCAGUCCCUGUUGGAAUUGGGCGUACCUGGUGUCGAAGCGUCGCUCCGCCUGCACGCCUCCGUUUGCCCGACCACCGCCCACGAAGAACCGCUGCCGGUGUGGACUCAGGCGGAUAGUUACUAUUAUCGAUACCUGGCGCAGCUUCAGAAUCUGCGGUUCACCGUCAUUUCUGGCUACAACAAGGACAUGUCGUGGUCGGAAGUGGACAAGAUGAAUGGGUAUGCCGAGAACAUGCUGCACAGCAUCUUGCAGCAGCGCGCCGUGCUUGGAAGCAUGGCACACACGCACGAAGGGUUGCUCCAACACUUGCACGUAUUGGCGCAAGGCCCAUCGCCGUGGAUUCACGCCCAAGAUACGUUGAAGGCUUGGCACGCGCAGCAAGCGGAUGAUUUGCUUCAGUUAUCUCAAUGGGUGGACGAAUUGCGUUUAGUUCGUCCUCACCACCGGCUGCUGGACACGUCCAGCCAAUUGUUGCACCAAUGCGGCAAAGGCCUGAAGCGCACGCAGCUUCCGCAAACGUCUGGAGUACCGGCGCGCCCCGUCGACGAUGGCAACUUCGACUCGUCGACUAGUUUUGGCUUUCAAGACAAGGCGCCGUCUCCGAUUGUCGGGUUUUCACCUGAGGUGCUGGCGCGGGACAUUCAAUUGUUGCGCCCGGACUCGUUGAUUCAAAACGCACACCAAAUCAACGAGAUUUGCAGCCAUGUGCGCGCCGUCCUGGUCGAAGCGUCCGUGACGAGCAUCGAGGUUCCUCUGACAAACGUCCAACUCCGCAACGACGAGUGGCUGCAAAAGACUCUACAGCAACGGGUUCUUUCAGGUUGCGAAGUGUCUGCGUUCUCGGUGGAGCAAGAUGAGUUUGUGGCCACGUUUGCGCAGAAAUUGAACGGCGUCGUCGAAAGCAUCCUGGUCUCGAUUCAAAAAGCGUGCGAUCACGUUGCUCAUGAGGAAGAGGACGACUCGCCAACAUUGCUGAAGUGCCAACACAACUUGCUUCAGUUGGUGCAGUCCUCCCGCGUGCACCAGUUGUGUGCCCAAAUGGACGACUUGUGGCAGUUUUUGAAGGCGAACAUGCGAGCCGAUUGGAGUGUCGUGUAUCAGCGCUGUGUGGGCUGGAUGCAAUUGUUGCUCCCGAGCUGGAAAGUCAUUGUUGCGUGGCACCACCAGUUGCUGUGCGACGUCGUCUAUGUCCACAAGAGCAUGUCCAAGUGCGACUACGUCAUGAUUCGCAUCUUCCGCACGUUGCUCUCCAACGGGUUUUGCAAAGCCCCCGAAGAAAACGACGCGACGGAAAGCAGUGGCAACAUGAACUUUGAAGACGACGUCGAGGGCACGGGCAUGGGCGAAGGCGACGGGAAGAAGGACGUGAGCGAUCAAAUCGAAGACGAAGAGCAGCUCUUAGGGCUCAAGGGCGACGAACCACAAGAACCCCAGGAGAAGAAGAAAGACGACGAUCAGGACAACGGCCUGGAAAUGCAAAACGACUUUGAAGGGACGAUGGAAGACGUACCGGACGAUGACGACAACGACGAUACCAACGACGACAAGGAGGAGCUGGACCGUGAAAUGGGCGACUUUGACGAGGAUAACAUUGUCGACGAGAAGCGUUGGGGCGAAGAUUCGGACGACGAAGACGACAGCAUUGACAAGGAAAAGGAAAAGUUUGACGACCAGAGCAAGAUGGACCAAGGCGAAGCGCUGGAAGACGAAGUCCGCGGCAAGGAUGGCGACGACAACGACGAAAAGGACAAAAACGACGACGAAAAGCCAACAGAGAAGCCUGCAAACGACGAUGACGACUCAAAGGACGACGAUGGCAAUAUGCCAGACGACGCAGUCAACGAGGACACAGAGGACAAGUAUGAAGAAGAACACGAUGACGUAGCGCCCCGCGACGCCCUCCCCGAUGACGACGACGACCAAAAGAAGGAAGAAGAUGAGUUUGCGGACGACAUGAACUUGGACGGCGAAGAUAAAGACAACGAAGAAGAUGCCGCCGACAUUGACGACGCCAUGCCGGAAGAAGAGCCACCCAAUGCAAACGACGACGGUGACGAGCAAACGGCGGACCCAGAUCAGGAAAACGAAGACGACAACCAAGUGGACGAAGAAGAAGAACCAGAAGCCGUCCCGCUCGGUGCCGGUGCCGAAGAGCAAGAAAUGGACGUUCCGUCCAACGACGACCCUGACACAGACAAGGCCGACGAUUUGCCCCCACCCGAAGCUGAAAAACAACAUGAGAGCAAGAGUGCAGGGGCUGUUGCUGGCGUCGAGUCGAAGGACGGCCAAGAUGCGCUGGAACCUCAAGAUCACGACGAAUCCAAGGAGGACGAGGAUGCUGCUGACGAAGGGGAGCACCCCGACGACGAAAACACGAGCACCGAGCAACAACAGGGGGCGCAAUCCAACCCGAACGGAUCAGAGCUCAAGCCUGUCGUCGGUGCCCAGUCCGAGGAAGAGCAGAGUCGCGAACGCAAGGACCCGAACCCCUACCGUAAUCCUGAAGAGGCCCAGGAACACUGGCGACGACGGAUGGACAUCCUCGACACGAACCAAACGCAGCAUGAGACCCAGCCGGAUCCCAAGGAUAAACAACGCGAGGACGACCAAGGAGGCGUCGGUGAGAUGGCAGACCAAGAAGACACGAAUGUGGACCUGGCACUUGCGCCAACCGACGAUUCGGCGGUCCCGGAAGGCAUGAUGGACGAGGAGGACGAAGCGAGCGAUGGUGAUAAUGAGGCGAAGGACGACGCGAACGAUGCGACUAAGCAUACUAACCCAAUCAAGGAAGACAAACCGAACGAAUCUGCUGCCGCGGCGCUGCAAGAUCCGCUUGAUGCGAAGCCGUCCAACAAACACAAACCUGAUGGACUCACGGCAGACAGCGUUGACGAGGACAUGGAAGCCCGUGAAGCCGAUUCGGACAAUUCCCAAAACGACGUCCAGGACUUUGACAUGGUCGAGAACGAUGAUUUUGCCCCAGUCGUGGCGUCUGGCGUCGACAACGAUUCGAGCAACCAACUGAACGACGAAACGAAUGCCGCGCCUGUUGACAUUGACGCCCUUCGAGCUGAGUUGGAUGCGGCUAUGCAACUGCAGACCGUCGACUCGAUCGAACGUGGGACUGUAUUGUGGAGCACGUACGACCAGAUCACACGUGCGGGUGCGCAGCGAUUGUGCGAGCAACUGCGGUUGGUGCUGGCUCCCAUGCUCCGCUCGCGUUUGCAAGGUGACUACCGCACGGGUAAGCGCAUCAACAUGCGCAAGGUGAUUCCGUACAUUGCAAGUUCGUUCCGGAAGGACAAGAUUUGGUUGCGCCGCACCAAGCCGUCGAAACGAGCGUAUCAAGUCAUGGUGGCCAUCGAUGAUUCGGAAUCGAUGGCAGACAAUCAUGCAGGUCGAUUGGCGUUGGAAGCGUUGACCACUUUGUGCAAGGGCAUGACCCAGCUGGAGGUCGGCGAGAUCUCGGUUGUCAAGUUUGGGGAAACCGUGAACUUGCUGCAUCCGUUCGACAUGCCUUUCACGGACGACGCCGGCGCUCGCGUGAUUCGAUCGUUCCAUUUCAAGCAGACCAAAACGCACAUGGUCGACACGUUGGAAGCGAUCCAGGGCUUGUUGAACCAAGCCAAGCAGAACGCGUCGAGCCACAGCAACACAGACAUCACGCAAAUCGUGUUUUUGAUCUCGGACGGACGGUUCGACAAGGACGGACGUACGAAGAUGCAGAAACUCGUGCAAGCCGCGAUGGAACAGCAACAGCUCAUCGUGCUCUUGAUUGUGGACCAUCCGAAAGACGGCCACGGCAUUUGCGACACACAGAGCGUCAGCUUUGUCAAGGGCAAGGUCGAAAUGACUCCAUACAUGGACAACUUUCCGUUCCCGUACUACGUUAUCAUGAAGAACACCUCCAUGCUGCCCGAGACGCUGUGCAAUGCGCUGCGGCAAUGGUUUGAGCUCCUCCAAGGCACCGAGUAGGUGGAUGCGUUCAGUCAUUUUGUUUUGAUACAAAUUAUGCACAUUUCUACAAUC